UCUGAUGAAACUUGCGCUUCUCUGGUGAUUCAUGAGCACUGCGUUGACCAAGAGCAUUCUCUACAUAUUUAUGAAGUUAAUGAUAAACUCACACCUCUGAUUAAAGCUACUUUUUGGCAAGUUUGGACAGAGACCAUUGCGGACAUAAAAGUCGAGGCGAGGAAAGUUUAAAUGGACGUUAAAUGGGCUGAAGUCGGACUCGUGAAGGUGUCCCGGGUUAAUGGAUUUUAUUGAAUUUUCUUAAUAAGUCUAAUAACCAUGGAUUUACAUGAUAUUUUUUACAUUUUCUUGUGAUCCACGCGUUGGCUGCAGACAAAAAAUGUGACCACCUGCCUUUUAUCCAACUCUUUCUUGUUUUCAUUUGACAAAUCGCCCUUUUUUAAUCAUAUUUAUCCCUGAAGAAAAGGGACGGGAACACCUUACUCUGCGUCUUGAGUCUCAAUGAAGAGCAUCAAUGGAUUGAAAGAUUAUACCAUCGGCUUCAAGUGAAAAAGUGCCUCAAGCAAGGUCGGGAGAUGUGUGAAAGAGUGUGACGGACGGCCAUGGGACUGGAGAGACGGUGGCUCCAGGCUGUCACCACUGCUAUAGCCAUCUGUCUGCUAAGUGUGUCUCAAGGCGGGGCAUCGUUGGUUCGUGCCAGAGAGGGGGGCUCUGCUGAGCUGGGCUGCAAUCUCACUCCUACAGCCAAAGAAGCCACCACCCCUAACCUCUUUCCUCUGCAUGUGGUGGAGUGGGUGCGCCUUGGUUAUAAUGUUCCCGUCCUCAUCAAAUUUGGAGUGUAUGCUCCUCGUGUUCACCCAAACUACAAGGGACGUGUUUCUCUGACCCGGGGUGCCUCUCUGCUGGUGGAACGGCUGACCCUGGAGGACGAGGGUUGGUUCGAAUGCCGCAUCCUACUCCUGGAUAGCAAAAAAGACGACUUUCGAAACGGCACAUGGACCUUCCUCUCCAUCACAGCUCCACCUGUGUUCAUCAAGACACCACCAACUUUUGUAGAGGUUUUGCUCGGCGACUCACUGACUCUCAGCUGUGGAGCCCAUGGCAAUCCUCGUCCAACUGUUGUCUGGCAUAAAGAUGAGAGUCGAAUAGAGAAACAUGAAAAAAUAAAAGUGCUCAAUGGCUCCUUGUCUUUGGCCUCUGUCUCAAGAAAUAUUUCAGGAGUCUAUAAAUGUCACGUGUCCAACACGGAGGGGAACCUGACCCACUAUACGCAGCUGCAGGUCAAAGGACCUCCACUCAUCAUCAUCUCACCAGAGGACACCACUCUCAACAUGUCCCAGGAUGCAGUUCUGCAGUGUCAGGCUGACGCCUACCCCUCUAACCUCACCUAUGAGUGGUUGAAACAAGGACAGAACGUUUACCAUAUUGAGUCUCUCAAGUCUAGAGUGAAGGUUUUGGUGGAUGGAACACUUCUUAUCCCUAAUCUCAUCCCUGAAGAUGCUGGCAACUACACCUGUAUCCCAACUAAUGGGAUACUGACUCCGCCCUCAGCCUCUGCGCACCUUAAAGUGAAACACCCUGCUCGUAUUGGCAGAAUGUCCCGGGAAACAUACCUGCCCUCAGGCAUGGAGGGUGUCAUAAUCUGCCCUGUCCAAGCUGACCCCCCUGUGCUGUAUGUCAACUGGACCAAAGAUGGGAACAAUUUGAAUCUUGAAAAUUUACCUGGUUGGAUUGUGAACUCUGAGGGCUCUGUUUUCAUAACAAAGGCCAAUGACAAUGCAGUGGGCAUGUACACAUGUACAGCCUACAACAGUUAUGGCACCAUGGGGCAGUCUGAACCCACCAAAGUCAUAUUACAGGACCCACCAUCAUUCAAAGUUCUCCCUAGGCCUGAAUAUCUCCAGGAGGUGGGCAGAGAGAUGAUUAUCCCCUGUGAAGCCAUUGGAGACCCCGUUCCAAACAUAACAUGGAGCAAAAUUGGCCCUACUCCCCGUUCCCCGUACACUGUGUUGUCUAACGGCUCCCUGCUGCUGCAGCCUCUCGCUAAGGACCACCAAGGGGGCUGGGAGUGUUUGGCCACUAAUCGUGUAGCGACUGUUGGUGCCGGCACUGUGGUCAUGGUGCUGGGCACCAGUCCUCAUGUUGUGUCCUCAGUUUCUGUCACCACGGAGAUGAACCAGGCCAAUGUGUCCUGGGUUCCUGGCUUUGAUGGUGGAUACACCCAGAAGUUCACUGUAUGGGUCAAGCAGGCUUCCAGAGGGAAACAUGAAUGGGCAUCUCUGCCUGUGCCGACAUCCAAAAACUACCUGCUGGUGACCGGGCUGCUUGCUGGUACUAGCUAUCAGUUCAGUGUCCUUCCUCAGAAUAAACUUGGAUCUGGACCUUUCAGUGAAAUUGUUUCUGUGCGGACACAAGCGGUACCAACAGAGGAACCUACAGUUGUCACAAAUCUUCCAAACCCGGAGCCUCCCAUACUCCUGUCAGCCAACCAGACUGAGCGUGGUGUUCUGCUCCAGUGGUCUCCUCCUGAGGCUCCAUCCUCUCCUCUGACCGGCUAUGUGCUGCAUGCACGCAGGGAUCAGGGCCACUGGGUCAUCCACAGCAGUAACAUCAGCGCCAAUCAGAGUGAACUGCUGGUGCAAGGACUGCUAAGGGACUCCAGUUACGACCUGAGGCUGAUGUCUCGCAGCAAUAAAAUGCUUAGUGAACCCAGUGAGUCUGUCAGUGUCUCCACCAUUGGGAUGGAAGUUUACCCAGUUCGUCCAGGUUUCUUGGAGUUCAUCCCUGAGCCCCUGCUGGCUGGUGUGUUAGGAGGAGUGUGCUUCCUGUUUGUGGCCAUCAUCCUUUCGUUAGUGACAGCGUGCUACAUGAGCCAAAGGAGACAGCGCAGACGCAGAAAAAGAAGACAAGAUCUCCCAACUGCCCUGCAGAAGAACUCCUCUCCAGAUGCUCGCUCACCACCUCACAGCCCAGACAGUGUCCUAAAGCUGAAACUUUGUCCGCCACUUCCUUUCUUCCCCAACUCAUCCUCCUCACAGUCUGAUCGGUCAUCCUUUGAUAAAGGCAGCCGCGGAGAAUACCACGACCAGCGGAAACAGCUGCUGUCCAACUCAUCUCCACCGCCACACUACACGCUCUUUGAGAGUCACCUUGGGUCUCAGGCUCCUUCUCCAACUGCUCUGGAGUCCAUCUCCAGAGGCCCGGACGGUCGCUUUAUUGUCCAACCACUGCUAGAGAGCGCCAGUCCCUCCAAUAGGAGAAACUUCAAUAGGGAGGUCUUGCAAAUUAAUGGUGGGACAGGUGGCUUAGGGAGCAACAGGACGUCCUUAAGGGACUCUCCAAAGUCGAGCAUUUUGAGCUCAGAGAAGGGUGAGAGGAAGGAUUCUCCUCUUACUGUGGAUGUCCCAGAGCUGAGCAGACCUCCUCCCUCUCCUGGAAGAGUACGGGCUCUGGCCAGAAACCUCUCCCGUCAUGGCUGUUUUUACUCUGACGAUGAACAGGGCUCAGAGGCUCUACUGGAAAGAGCCAGCUUUUAUUCAGACAACAGUGAGAAAAAACCCAGUGAUUCUCUCAGGAGGUGCCGCAUGCAAGCCCAAACUGAAGAUCUGUUCCCCAGUUUGGGCAAGAAAACUAAUCUUCUGGAUAGAGACAGAGGUUACCAGGCAUUGGAGAGUCAGCUGACUAAUAACAGCACCCUGGUCUCAGAGCUUGAGAGUGAGUUGGAGAGGGAAAGCAUUGUUAAGUGUGCCCAGCUGGCAAAGGAGAGGGAGGAAAUGGAGAGGGAGCUGGAAAGCUAUUCAACCGAUCAGAGAAGUCGAGGUCGUGAAAGAGACAAGAGACAGUGUGAUGAAACAGAGAACCCUGACAGAGACAGAUCAAAGUCAGAGGAAGAGCCUAUUUGGAAGCCACAAGAUGUCACCAUCAGACAGAAACACAGACCCUCAGCUCAGACUAGUCGGGUGUCUGACUAUCGCAGGGCGUGCUACUUUGGAAACACCAGCAGUCCCCUGAACCGGCUCCAAUCCCCUGGAAUACAGUGGGACAUUAGCCCUGUUGCAUCAAUCACAAGCCUCAUUCCAGUCCAGAGCCCCCAAGAUACCACAUCACCUAGAUCACAACACCCUCGCACAUUCAGGGAAACCACAGAGGACUCGCUUGAUGUUGAUUCAUCACGCUCUCCAGUCACCCAGAACACCUCCCUCCCCAUGCUCUCCUCCAACGCCACCUCAGAAACCACCCCGGUCCUGUGUCUGCAAACCCCAGAGAGAGCCAGGUCACUAAGUCCUCAAACAGAUCCCGAUUUAUGUAGGAAGUCCACGAGGAAGCAGGUUUUGAGGGAGAAGACAGAGGAGGGAGGUGUUGCUACAAGGUCCAGACAUUCAUAUGCAGGUGCCCAGCCCUGGAAUUCAGCUGCCAGGGGUCUUUUAACCGACAGUGAGAGGCCUACAAGUUCAACGUCUGCACCCUUAAAUCAGCCUGAGAGAACUGCAGAGGUAGACUACGCAGCAACAAGGGCUCCCAGUCCAUCAAGUUAUUCUACUUUACCCUAUGAACAUUGUGAAGUAGGUGCAAAGGCCAAAGAAAAAGACAGUCGUGCACGGGAUGACAGACGGAGUUCAGGGUUUUACUCUGAGUUAGAAAGAGAGGGUGUGCGCACACGCUCCAGGAGAAGCGACAAGUGUCUCUUCUCUGAUAGUCCAAGUCCCAUUUCAACACUGACUCUAGUAGAAGAGGUUGACAGUGACCAGUCCCAAUUUUCUGUCCCAGGAAUGUCAGGGUCCUUUAAGACCAAGCCUGCAGCUCCAUCUCCCAAAAUGUCCCCCUUGCAGACAAGUGCAAUUCUUGAAUAUCUGAGCCUUCCAGGUUUCAUUGAAAUGAGCGUUGACGAGCCUGUGGAAGACACUGAAGACACAGACACUGUUCGACAGAGUUCAGAAACAAAACAGCAGAAAUUACCUGGGGCUAAGCCUGAUGUCGUUCCUAAAAACUGGGAGGUUCAUGUUCAAGAAAUCAGGGACAUGGAUACAAAUCGAAAGGUUUGUUUUGAAGAGACUCACUCUGCAGGUGCUACAGUGGCUGGCUUUUAUGCUGGUAAAAAACAAAGCUUUAAAAGCUCCCUCCAAGCAGAAUCCAGAGAUUUCUCAAACAGAGUGAGAUUUCCAGAUGAGACAAGGACACCAUCACCUUGUCCAGAAAAAACAUGCAGGCAGCUUUAUGAUGAGAAAACACAACUUCGGGGUCGGACCAAAAGCACAGACAGACCUGAAUCCAGACUUGGAUCAAGGUCAGCUCAGAACCUGUUCAGUGCAGCUAAAGGCAUGGCGGAUAUCGUGGCCAAACACUCACAGAGUUUUGUAGACAGUAGUGAGUCUUUAACAGAGCAUCCCCAAAGACAAGCCUCUAAGGGCAGCAGGGCUAAUAACAUUGCCUCACGAAUAUGUCAAGCCCCUGUGCCAUUUCUGAAGAAAUCCUUGAGUAUUGGACCCUGUAGGACCCUCUCAGGUCUGGGACAGCCUCGUCCUUACCUAAAAAAAUCCAUCAGUUUAGGUUCACAGAGGUGGGAGCACUUUGAGAGCCCUAGGACUUAUAUUUCUGAGAAAUGUUACUGGGACGAGUUCCCACAUCCAGAUGUCAGGAUGAAGUCCUACAGUUUGGGUCGCAGUCCUCCUUCCCUACCAAGGCCCGGCCCCUCCUGGAGGGAGUACAUCCCGUUCAGACGUCCCAGCAUGGGGAGCCUGGAGAGGCUUCAUCCUGCACAAAGAUCUUUAGCUAGUCCUCCCUACCUCACACAACCUAUGUACCCACCCAGACAAACCUCGAUCUCCCCAAUGCUUGAACCCUCAGAUCCACGACGGCAAGCUGCUGUCUUCCCAGACUCCUCCAGGUGGUCCCCCUCUUAUCAGGAUAACCUGAGGUCUGCCCACUACGUCCCCAUGCCCUCCUCCAUCCCUGUACCCCAUUACCAACCCUGGCCAGGAUCCAGGGGGGAGAGCAUGAGAACGGUGGACCCCAGAAGGGGCCCUCCGAGGUCUUACCUGCCCAGGGGCAUCAGCUGGCCCUCACCUUACUAUCCCCCCUUCCCCCCAAGGGAGGGAGAUGGCUACAGACAGCCUGACAGGACGAUGGGGAGGGUAGGGGAGACAGAGAUCCGGGAGGGCAGAGAGAUCAGAGAGGGAGGAAGAGCAAGCUAUGCAAGUCAGAGCAGCGGGAGAGGGAGCGCCGGUCUCUUCCGUCAGUCCCUGUCCAUUACCCCCACAUUGCUCAGCUCCCCCGAAACCACUGAGGAGAGUGAGCGACACCGAGCAGAGACGGAGCUGCCUGAGAGGAGAGCGAAAAGAAGGAACACAUCAGUAGAUGAGAGUUAUGAGUGGGACUCUGCUGAUGCAUGCAUGGACUUGGAGGUCCUGGAGGCUUCCAGGUUUGAUCAGUCACAGAUGGGUUUACGGAGAAGCAGGGCAGAGCUGAGAAAUGAUCAAGCUGGUGGCCUCCGGGACCGCCAAAAGAAAGGCCCGUCUCCCUCAAUCAGCCCGCCAGUUUCCAACACACCACGCCAGUACAGCCGCUCCCUGAGCGAGGCGCGUUUCAACGCUCUCCGUCAGGAGUACCAAGAGUACAGACAGACUCAGGAGUCCAUCUGUUUACGUGCGCCCUGCCUCGCCCCCGGCCAUGAAACAGACUCUGACUCCAACUCAGCACUGCUCUAGCAGCUUAACUCGGUAUAUCUAAGACAGAUUCCAAAUAGAAGUUUAAAAUCAACAGCCUACAGCACUGUGGUCCUGGACAGUGUCACACCCCACACAGAACCCAUCCUCUGUCGAUCAGAAUACAUUUACCAUACUUAAAGAGACUUCAUGCUGUGUGCCAUCAAAUGUGACAAACUGACUCUCCUCAGUUGUUAUAAGAAGACAUUAUUUUUUCAUGUUCUUGUUCACUUCUGCUCUGCAUAAUGAAACUGAGAAGGGAUUAUUUAUUUUUCAAAGUAGCUCAUGCAACUGUACUUUGGGAUUUUCUUUCUUAGACCUUGACAAUCAGCCACAAAGGGCCCCUUUAAGAAAUGAAAAACUCACCAUUGACUAAGGCAUGUUUACAGUUAACCAGAACCCAUUUCUCCUUGAAGACGAUUUAUAAAGGCAGCAAUAUUAUGUCGAUUGAUGGUCUGGCCCAAGGAAAUAUCUAUUUGUUGGAUGGAACCCCUUAAAUGUGAACUGUGUAGCCAUUCAAAUGGUUCUCAAUGCAUUUUCACCUCCAUCUCCCUCUCAAUAUUGGUCAUAGUAAUAUUGGUCAAGUACUAAAGUAACAGUGCUUAAAGAUCACAUGAUCAGGCAACUCUGAGUUGUGUACUUUGUUCAUGAGCCUAGAGCAGCUCAUGAUAUAAAACUUUAUAACUUAAAACUUAAGAUGACUGUAUUUAAAAGAUUUUAUUGGCCCCUGUUGAUUUUUCCUGCUGAUUCCAUGAACUCAUUUCAAACUUUACACAUUUUAUGAAUCAUUAGUUCCCUUGUUGAGAGUUUAUAAAUCAAAUCCCUUCAAAUAGCCUACCAUUAUUUUUUCCAAAAUGUACAAAUGUUUAUAUGUACCUUAAUGUGAAUGUUCCUACUGUUGUAUUUUCCACUUAAUCACUUAAUCAGAUGAGAACAUGCUACUUUACUCCACCUGAAUCAGUCUAACCUUGCCUCUGUUAUUACAGAGAAACUUCAUAAGAAACACAGGGAAAAGAGUUUUGCCUUAUUUUUGUUAGAGAAGAACAUGUGGGCUAUUUGAAGGUUUAGCUGACAAGCUAAGAAAAAACCCCAAACUAUUCACAGGAUUAAAAAAAGAUUCAAGUUCUGCUCACAUAAUGACUAUCUUUGUAUAUUUAUUGAAGUGAGUUUUGAUAUGCAACGAUGUUUACAAUUCACAUCACUGAUGUGAAGGCAACACUGUGAAUAUUUCAUUGACUUCUGGUCUGUUUUGAAUUUUGUGUUCAUUAGGCUACUUAUUUGUGUUUUUUUAUACUACAAAAUGACAAGAGCUUUUUUAGUUCAACAUUUGUACUGUAUUGACUUAAAUAGCCCCAAUGAAAAUAUUCAACAGUCUGCAUUUCUGAUGAUGGUUUUGGAAGUUUUGUACAAACUGGAAAUUUUUAUAUCUUGCCACGUUGUUGUUUUUGUCAUUUUUAUAUGUUUGUAAUGAAUAAAUUGUUUAUUCUGAGUAAAAAAAAAAA